AUGAAGAAGCACAUGCAUUUCUGCUCGGUCUUCAUGAUGAUUUCUCUCUUGUGCUUUCUGCAGGCUUUCUGCUGCCAUUAUGCACAGGCACACACGUGCAGAGAGCAGGAAUUCCGGAGCACCGAAGGCCAAUGUCUCCCCUGUUUGGGAUGUCCACCAGGAGAGGAGCCGGACAGAAAAUGCGGCUUCGGGGAAGGACUGGGAAUGACUUGCAAGCCAUGCUCCGCAGAUGCCUUCUCUUCCACCUACGGGCCGGCACCCUGUGCCUCGCACACCCGGUGUGAGGAGAAGAAGAGGGUUCGAGUGAGUCCCGGAACGGCUGUGGCAGACACUUUGUGUGGGGACUGCAUAUCAGGGUAUUACAGCCCCGAAGGUGAGACAGACCCCAGGACCACCUGUCUCCCUUGUUCGACAGCCCCGAAUGGCAUGCCUGGAUGUCCAGGGUCCCAGAAGUGGCUGACCCGCCUGACUCGGAACGCCGAGGCCUCGCACAGACGGGACGACAAGACGCCGCUGAAUGGCACCCGAGAGGGGAAGCCGGAAGAGAACGCCACCCAGUAUGCCGUCUUGGCCAUCGUGCCCGUCUUCUGCGUGAUGGGUCUCCUCGGCAUCCUCUUCUGCAACCUGCUGAUGAAGAAGGGCUACCACUGCACAGCCCAGAAGGACGAGGAGGGGGCCAAAGCCGAGAGGAACGGCACCAGUUCUGCCUACCGUAUAGAAGAUGCGAACGAAGACACCAUCGGAGUCCUCGUGCGCCUGAUCACGGAGAAGAAAGAGAAUGCCGCCGUCCUGGAGGAGAUGUUGAAGGAUUAUCACAGCAAACAGCUCAUGCAGCCGGCUUACAAGCCCGUGAACAAGUUGCAGCUCCUGCCUCAGCUCCCCCACAUCUGCCGGCACCAGCAUCACCUCCACACGGUCCAGGGCUUAGCUACCCGUUCGGGCCCCACCUGCACCCGCUGUAGCCAGAGGAAGUGGCCGGAGGUGCUGCUUUCCCCAGAAGCGGCCGCCACGGCCGCCAACGCAACCAGCAGCACCGUCACCAAGCCAGCGAAACCGGGAAGCAAGGCUGGCCGACCGGGAGAGAUCACCAUCCUCUCCGUGGGCAGGUUCCGCGUCGCCCGUAUCCCGGAGCAGAAGCCCAGCCCCUCGGAAGUGAAAACCAUCUCUGGGAGUGCGGGGGCCGAGCCGGCCGACCCCCCCUACGCCUGCCUGGUUCCAGAGCAAAAAAUGCCGGUUGGAAAUAGCGUGAGGCCCAAAUGGCUUACAACGGGAGACGGCCAACAAGAGGUGAUCAUCUGA